AUGGCGCAGGUCAGUCGGUGUGAGGACUCCAUCAGCACCUUGGGCCUGAUCCUUGGCGUGGGGCUAACACUGCUGCUCGUGUCCAUCCUGGGCUACAGCCUGGCCAAGUGGUACCAGCGUGGGUACUGCUGGGAGGGGCCUAAUUUUGUCUUCAACUUGUACCAAAUCCGGAACCUGAAGGAGCUGGAGAUAGGUCCACCUUUCACCAUCAGUGGCCACAUCAGCAGCCCAGAUGGUGUCUACAUGAAGUUCUCCGACAGGCUAGUCUGA